AGACCAAGCCAUCGAACAGAGAAACCAGUCGCAGAGCAUUCCCCACUGAAAUAGAUAUCAGGAAAGAAUGGGGGAAGAGGUGGAGAGGAAGAGGAGGGUCGUGGUCGAGUCGCUUGGAUGGCUGACGGAGUCUUCCAUAAUGCCGAAGAAGCACAGGGCAAUAGAAGGGGUGGGGCCCUCCUCCAUCCUGGAACUCAAGGCCCACCUCUACAAGUCCCAGGAGGAGUCCAAAAAAAACAAGGAACUCGCCGGCGUCCCCGACUCCGUCACUUUUCACCGCGCCAAGCAGAAUAUCGCCGCAUCCGAUUCCUUCUCCGCCAAGAACUCCGGCGUCGAAGCCCGCGCCCACAAGGACAAACUCGAGCUGAAAGCAGCUAAAGAUGGAUCAACCAGCUAUGCAGCAUUAGAGAGGAAGGCCGCAUUGUAUGAUAAGCUAGUGAGGGGAGAGCUAUCUGAUGAGGAAGAUAAGGAGAAGUAUUGUGUUGAUUUCUUCCGCAAGAACGUUGAACAGGAUGAAUCAGAGCAAUCUCAGGUCCCAGAUACUCCCGCAAUAGUACCACCAGAAAGUGAAAAUGGCGAGAAUGAUGCUUCUUUUUUGUUUAACACAAAAACCGUGGGGCUCGGAAGAACAGCUGGAACACUGGACAAUGAUGAACACAAGCGUUUUGUGAGGGAAGUUCAUGAAGAAGUAAAUCAAGCAAGAGAAAAGGCGUCUGAGCUCAAACUGCGCAGGCAAGAGCAAGCCGCAGCUCGUCGUGAGAAGCUGAGGCAGGCAUAUUUAAGGAAACGGCUAGAGAACCUGAAAUCUGCUGCAUCAAAGUCAGAGCGGACAUGAUUAGCCGAAGGCUAGGAUCAUUGUUUUUUAUUGUUCAUGUUGAUUUUUCCGGCUCAGUCAUGUGGAAGUUUGUUAGUCCUCAAACGUGUGAAAAGUAAAGUGUUUACUUUUGAACAGUAAAGUAAACAUUAUUGAACAGUAAAGUGUUUUAUAAUACAAACUAGAUGAUCAGUC